CAGAUUAGUUAUAAAAUAAAACAUUUUGGAUAACGGCUUGGAUAAACUGAAGGGAAUCCAAUUCAGAACUAAACGUUAUUGAUUGUUAUCUGCAGUUUAAUAAGUAUACUUUGUUUUUAAUUCAUAGGUAUAAUGUCUGAUAGCGAUAGCCUAAAAAUACGCGUCACGGGUCUACCCGGCGAUAUUACACUCCCGAUUCUUAAGACCGAGUUUAGAACGUUAUUUAGAAAGAUAUAUGUAAAACAGUACUGUAUAGAAAAACUCUACGACAUGGAUAGGGAUUUAAAACAGAUGAUUGUCAAAUUGAGAUACAGAGCCGACGCACAUCGGGCUCAGAACUUCUUUCACAGCAAGCCAUUUGUGUACAAUAUGAUGAAGUAUCCUCUUGUUGUGCACAAUGUUGAGGAAUCCGAGGAUUUGCCUAAAAAGGAUUCUGAGGACAGGGGACAUCGUAGCAAUACGCUCAGGCCUGAGUGGGCCAGGUCGCGGUCUCGGAGUCCAGGAUACAGCCAGGAAGCUAGACUUGAUGAACAUAGGCCUCGAACCUUGCAUACAUUUGAAGAUUAUAAACCACAUCAUAACGGGCACCAGCGUGAGCCUGUGCCACAAAGAUCUCAUGAGAAGUACCCACCGAUGGAGAAAGUUUACCGUCCUCGCUUCGGCGUGCAUGCAGGAGAGGACGAGCCUCCGCCAGCCGAACUACAACUACUGGUCAGCCACUUCGAAAGAGCAGGCCUUGCAGUAAUCAUCGGGGCCGAAUCCAACGCACACCACCUGCUGUGGGGAAUGGAGACCAGCAAGAACAGAGGUCAAGCAACACAAGAUACCCCUCAAACCAGUCCAGAAACACUCCAGAGAGGUCACGAAACUCGAGAUACCCCCCUGACCGAUUAGGAUACCCCUCAGACCAUCUGAGAAACUUCAGACACUCUCCAGAUAGGUCGAAACACUCAAGAUACCCUCCAGACUGAUCAAGAUACCCCCCAGAUCAGUCAAACAACUCGAGAUACCCCCAAACCUCAAGAAACUCAAGAUAUUUUCCAGACCGGCCAAGGAAUCCCGACUGGUCAAGAGAUUCAAAGUACUCCCCACCCCGGUGACAACAAAGUCCAACAUUCAGAAUGCGAUGAUAAUCAAGCAAUAGACAAUCAAAAUAACAUAGAAAACAAACAGGAUUGAAGACAGUUAAUUAUGACACCGAACCAAUGGAACCUUCUAUAGAUUAUGAUAUUUAUGAUUACCUUGCGAACGCCAAAAUAUGCGCCAUAAACAUGAACGUGUUAUCUUUAGAUUGCAUUGACUUAGAAGUUUGAUUUUUCACUUCUCCAAGGGGUAGCAGACCUGAAUAGUUGAUAUUAAUUUCCGCUGUAUACCUCCACGCGUUGAUGAGAAAAAGGGUCCUGCUUGACAAACGAUGGACAAACGGACAACAUAAGGGGUUGGUUCCGUUUUUGUCUGCUGAGGUAAGGAAGCCUAAAAAUAAAAUAUGAAUACACCUACCUACCUGUGCGUAAGGUAGCAAAAAGGGUUCUGAGAUAGAAUUCUGAGUGUUUACGUCUAUACUUGACGCGGGUAAUGAUGAUCCUUAUGACAGUUACUCGAAUCCGCUUUUGAAUAGACUUAAUUUAAGAAAUAAUUGUAGAAAUAGGUUUUUACCGUAUUUUUAUUAAUUAAUUGUUACAUUUCUCAAUACAAAUAUGUGUUAAAGUACCAAAAAAACUCCAAAACCAUUUGACAUUGACAGUUACUCAAUACAAAAAUGAACUGUCAUAGGGAUCAUCAUUGGCCGCGUCAAGUAUAAGGGUGGUAAGUAUUCCACUUUCCAAUAUCUUGGUCCAAUGUGAAUUGCGUCACACUCUCUCAUCAAGCAAGAUGUGAGAUGCAAAUACAGAUUGGACCAAGAUAUUGGACAGAUGCAAUACCACCCAAAGGCGAAAAAUUUAAAAACUUGUCAACCAUGUGACUGCUUUUCACACCACCUAUGAGGAUUUUUUCAAACUGCUGUCGGAUUACUCUUUCUAAUUUUGAGUACGUAUAAGUUUUAACCAACAAAAGUUACCAAAAAAAAAAAGUUGUAAUAGAUGAAUGUUGUAAGUAUUAAAUGUUUUGAUUCUCUAAA